AACAUUAAUUUCAAUUCCUCAUCUUUCUAGCAGCAGAUUUUCUCGAACUUGCAUCGUGUCGGUUUCUAUUUGCAUCUCAGUCUCGAUAUCAUACAGAAAACGACAAAACCCCAUAUUCUCGUUCUUUCUAUGUCUUGGUAUUCCUCUUUGGUCUUUUCCUAUUUUAUUUUCUCUUCAAUUUCAACAUUUCCGGAUCACUUGGUAGUGCUCUCAUUUAUUUUUGAUCUUGUGUGCUUUACUUUUUAUUUUGCAGCAUCAGAAGAUCCCUCUAUCCCUAAAUCUUUAUUCUAUCACAUUCCCCGCGCACUUGCGUCAUCACCCUUUUUAUUCUUGCAGUCGUCAGUUCAUUUUGUAGCACUCUCGAAGACAUCCUCACGUCGUCAUCUUUCUCCGAUCAUUUGCAGUCGGCAAUUUCGUUUUGCAGCAGGAUCCAAACGCCAUACCUUGAAUGUGCCUGAUACCUCGCAUUUCCUGCUCUGGUUGUCUAAGGCCACCUUCGCAGCCCUGAUUUGUUUUGUAUCAUCCACAAGACAGGACAAGUCUCCCUCACGACGACAGCAUCGUGUGUGAUGUUUGGGUAGCCUUACGAUAAUCUCUCGCACGGCUCCAAUAAUUUCUGGUCAUUAUUGCAGGCUCGUUUCCGCUCGUUUCCGUUCGCAGUUCAGCGCCAUAUGAUAUCUCAGCCUAUCCUUGCCCUCUGCCGUCCUUGCGUUGUUCCAGAUGCUCAUGGCUCUCACGAGCUUACCACACUUUCUUGAACCAUUCUGAUCGGCCGUGGGUAUCCUCCUCUCUCCUGCAGUUCAGCACCGCAUGAUAGCUCAGCCUACUCUUGCUUUCUUCCGUCGUCCUUGCGUGGA